UUCCUGAAUUCGAAUGUCCCGCAGUUGAAGAUCAAAAACAAUUCGGUGGACGAUAACACAGCUAACAAAAUGUCUCUUGCAGCGCGAGCGUUUUCUCCCGACGGGAAAUACUGUGGAUACAUUAACCAGCAUGGCAAAUUCGUCGUGUACGAUGUGGAAACGAGCGCCCUGCAUCAAGUGUACACUCCGAACAUGCACCUCAACGUGCCGUGCACGAGCUUCACGUGGAUCGAGGUGGGUGUACAGGCGACGACGCCCAAGAGUAAAGGAAAGAAGCGGCAGACCAAACAGCUACUGGCCGCAUUCGGUACCAGCAAGGGAGGGGUGAUCUUUUACAAUCUGGCCACUGCUACGGUCGAACGUACCUGCCAGGGAGAUGGGCACUCGGCGCCGGUAACGGCGAUCUACUUUAACGAAGAAAACGAUCCUGACACUAUCUUCACGGCCGGAGCCGACGGGAAGGUCAUUGAGUGGAGUAUAAGUCAGUGGGCACAAGCCAAAGUGCACAACAUCGGCGUGGAAAAGCUCACCUGUGUUCUGGCUCACUCAGGCACUAUUCUGACUGGCUCUAAACAGCUGAAGCUGUGGGAUUGUAUCGUAGGUCGCCAAACGGCGACACUAAUCGGACACACCUCCAACACACAGAUACUCCAGCUACUAGCCGUAGAACCGGAUCAAAUGUACGCCAUUUCCGGUUCCGCGAACGAUCGUAACCUCUCGCUGUGGUCGUUGAACGGUAAUGUUAACAGCCCUGUCGCUUCUUUUGCCCUGGACGAUGUCCCCGAGUAUGUGUCGGUGAAGCUCGUGGAUCGAAGAUUGCACCUAGUGGCCGUGUCGCGCACUGGUGUGUCGCACUACUUCCUGAGAAGUGUAGACAAGUUCAGUCUGAAGCGACCGUAUCGCGCAAAUCACACAUUUGAAAUCGCGAUCGAUUCCUCGAACAUGAAAACGAAAGCUGUCGAUCGAUUGCCAGUGUUUGUGGCGAGCGUUCGUUACUCACCGAACGAGGAACAGAUUCUACUCGGUUACGGGACAGAGACGAAUCUUCGAUUCGAACAAAUUGCGAUCGAAGCCAACGUUAAGACGAAUGUUAUCAUUCGGGCACCGAUAAAACUACUCGCUGGUGGCAACGCGAAACAGGUGGGCGAACUGAAAACGAAAAUCCCCAUCGUCGACAAUGGCACUGCGGAGUAUUUGAAUCCAGUGAAUGCGGUCAAGAAAUCUAUGAAAAAGGUGGAGAUCCCCAUGGAGGUGCGGUUGGAGAACCUUUCCCUGUUUCCCGACCGAUCGAGUGGCAAUAAAACUGUAAUGGGCAGAAAGAACAUGGUGCACCUUCUGGUGCAAGGACUGCACAGUAAAGAUGCCACCAUUCUGAAGAGUGUGUUUGGUCGAAACGAUCCAGAAACAAUACAGCAAACGGUCGAGCGGAUUCCAGCUCAGUAUUUAGGAGCACUCUUGACGGAACUCUCACACUUGAUGCAAUUGAAAACUGUACACGUUCAGACGGCCGUAUGUUGGUUGAAGCAACUGAUUACGAUACACGCAAGCCAGCUGAUGGCGCUUGGAUCGUCGAACCUGCUCGCCAACUUUGCCACCUGUAUUGGCAUCAUUGAGUAUCGAGUGGAACAUCUGAACUCCCUUGCAAAGUUGCGUGGAAGACUAGGGGUGCUGAUUGAGCAAACGGAUCGUAGUAAAAAGCAAGCCGUUAACCAGGGAGCCAACGAUAAUGUGCUGGUGUACCAGGAGGAGGACGAUUCGGAUGUUGAUUCAGUUCUAGAAAUGGACAACGAGCAACUUGGCUCGUCCAGCGAGGCCAUGUACGACGAAGUCGACCAAGGUGAAGAAUACGACGAGGAAGCAAUGUCGGAUACCGCCGGUGGUAGUACAGUUGUUCCGCAGAACGGGUUUUCGUUGACCAAUGAAGAAGACAUCAGUGAGAGCGACAAAAUGUAUUUUGUGGUUAAAGAAUAAUUCGUUGAUCAAUUUCGCUCAAUAAAACGUAUUUGCUCGC